AUGGCCAGCUCGAUGUCGGCUACCCCCACCGGGCCAUGCCACCUUCUUGAAUUGCCAGCCGAGCUUCGAAACAGCAUUUACCGCUACGUCCUGCUUGGAUAUUGGAAGAACUGGAUGGAGGAUCAGACAAGGCCGAUAGUCGACAUAGAAGACCACGACUUCGAGCAGCCCUCACUUUUGCGAACAUGCCGGCAGAUACGCUCCGAAGCCAGUCCCAUCUACUACCUUCAAACCCAUUUCUACCUCACAAUCCACAACUUCGACCCUGAGAUCGUGCAUAGGCUACACAGGCAGAUGGUCAGAUACUGGAGCAACAGCGAUAAUCAGCUGCAAAACAAGUUCAAGCACCGUUGCCUUGUUACGAGCGGACCAGGUUUUGGCUGGAACAACUUGAUGGCAUGGCUCAAGCUCUAUUAUGAUGGUGAGGUGUCAUAUCCAAAGCUAUGCGACUGUGGGUGGGAUGAUGAGAUUUGCUGCGCCGCACAGCAUGCUUUUGUGAUGGUCAAGAAACUUGCGUCCUCGCCUUGGGAAGUGGUCAAGACUCUUCAGGAAAGCACGUCUCAACCUUCGCCACCAACGUCUUCACCAUCACCUGCGCAACUUCACUUCAACUCACACGAGUUUCAACGAUAA